AUGGGCCACAAGUUCUCCGCCAUCCACGGGGUCAAGUCCGACCACUUCUACGAGCCAGGCAACGCCAUCAACGAGAUCUGGGUCGGCGACGUCGAGGUCGUUUCCCGACUACCAUUUGGCGAUUCAGACUUAGAGCAGGCCGGAUGGCCGGAGGGAAACUGGCCAAAGAUCCCCUGGCACCAUUUCAUCAUCCCCUUGAAGCGGGACGAUAUCUACCUCAUGAACGGCACCCUUCACACCCAACCUGGCACUGGCGUGAAAUGUCCGAUGCAAGUGUUACCACAAGGGGGGUACUACAAUGUCUUCCGACGAAUUGACCCAGGAUGGAGCAUAUGCAUUGGGUACAUGAUCUUCUUCGGCGCUUUGACCUUGUUGCGGCUCACCUGGGAUGCCGCGACAUUUUUGCUCUGGAUUCUCAUGGCUCUGCGAAGUCAGGGUGCUAGGACCCCGCUGUGUGCGACGGACAUCGAGACGAUGAAAACAGCUUUCGGGACUUACGUGAAAAAAACGAUCCUAUAUUCUCUCGCCACAUUCGGCCUCAUCAUUCUGGGCUUACCUGCUUUGACCGCUGGCGCGGAGCAAACGGAUGUGACCACCUUUCUCAAUGUUACUUGUGGGAUGUUCAUAUUCAUGCUCGUGUUUAUGAGAUGUCUCGAGACUGCUGGGCUGUGGUAUUUUCGAUCCCGAAUCCUCAAGUUAUCGCGGCGGCCUGCGGAAGUCGAGCUCGAGAGUGGGAGUGCUGUGGAAACUCCCUCGAUGUCCACUCAACACAGCCAACCACCUGAGAAUGAGACGGAGAUUCGUUCACCAGCUCCUCCGUACCAAGCGGUAGAGUCGAAAUAA